AUGUCUUCCACAGUAGAUAAUGGUGACCGCCAGCAGUUGCCGGCCCUAAUUCCCAAAAUAUCGAGCCCACGGGGAACUACUACGGAGAUAUCGACUCCUGAUACCUUGAUAACCCCUACAUUAACUUCGCUGAACGAUUUGGAUAGCCCCUCUAGGCGAGGAUCGGUGGCCAGUGCGCUAUUGGGUAAGGUUUCAGGAUUGAUCCAAAGUGGAAACAAUUCGGAUAUAGUAAGAACAAGAACACAUUCAAGUGACAGAGGUAGUGGCGCUGGUGAACAUCACUUGCUCCCUCCACACCUUGUACGCACUCACCUGCGUCAGCGGGAGUCUCAGCACAAAGAGACCGUAAAGGAAACCAAUAGAGUUAUCUUGGAAUAUGACCCCUCCACCAAGCGUAGAGUGCUCAAUACAUAUGAGAUCCUAAGAGAAAUCGGUAGAGGUGAGCACGGGAAAGUCAAGUUGGCACAAGACUUGGAAACUAACGACCUUGUUGCUAUUAAAAUAGUUAACAGAAACUCUAAGAAAGAAAGACCUUCUUUCAAAAAAAGACAAGAAAGCAUAAACCAGAGACAACAGCUGCAUCAACAGCAACUGCAGCUUCUGCCCAAUCAGCAACAACACCAGCAAUUCAAAAAAUUGAAUGGCUACGAACUAAAGAUAAAGCGUGAAAUUGCCAUUAUGAAGAAAUGUCACCACAAACACAUAGUAAGACUCAAAGAAGUCCUCGACGAUAUAAAAAGUUAUAAAAUAUACUUAGUGCUUGAAUAUUUGGAAAAGGGUGAAAUCAAAUGGAAGAGGAAAGGCGAUAGUCUUAAUGUUAGUCAUUCUGUGAGUCAGGUAGGAACACCAAGUAACCACAUUGAAGAAUCUGAAGAUAUCCCUUGCUGUGGCGAAAACCAUACUCGUAAAACAUCACUUACCUUUUCACAAGAUGCUGAAGACGACGAGGACAAUUUAUUGCUGGAUCAAUUUACUCCAAAUCUUACCUUCAGACAAUCUAGAAAAAUCUUGAGAGAUGUACUUUUGGGCUUAGAAUAUCUCCAUUUACAAGGAAUAGUUCACAGAGAUAUCAAGCCUGCAAAUUUGUUGGUCAGUUCCAACAAUGUGGUCAAGAUUAGUGACUUUGGUGUAUCAUUCGCCAGCUUCUUAAAUACUAAUGAUGAAGGAUUCCUAGUGAAUGAAAUGGAAUUGGCUAAAACCGCUGGAACACCUGCUUUCUUUGCACCUGAGUUGUGCCAAACUAAUGCUAAUUCGCCAUCUAACUCAUCUACAAAUGUUCAAGAUCAAGGAAAUGGUGAUUCUGCCAAUGAAUCAGAAAAAUAUUCUAAAUUACCCAAGAUUGAUCAUAAAAUUGACAUUUGGGCAUUGGGUGUCACAUUAUACUGUAUUCUAUUUGGUAAAGUUCCCUUCAACGCAGACUCAGAGUUUAAACUUUUUGAUGUCAUUGUAAAUGAACCACUUCGUUUCCCAGAAGAUGAAUUAUCGUUCAAUUCUCCUGGUAAUGUUAGUACAGAAGAAUUUGAAUUAGCCAAAGAUUUAUUAUCAAAAUUACUCGACAAGAACCAAGAAACUAGAAUUGAUAUUGCAGAAGUUAAAUUACAUCCAUUUGUUUUAAUGGAUUUGGAAAAUGACGUCGAACAAUUGAAUGAAUUUAUUUAUUCCAAUCAAGGAGUUGGAUAUCGAGCAGGAUUUGGAGCGGACGGUAUUGUCAAUCAAUUUGAUAUCCUGAAUGAUGAUAUUGACAAUGCAGUAGUCGGCAUUGGCAGUAAAAUUAGACAAAGCAUUAUCAAUGCACUAAAAUAUGGUGGUGCCAGUAGCGAUGAUAUAAGAAAAAAAUUCAUUCAAAACGAAAAUAUUUCAUCUGAUGACGAAGAACCCACUCCAGGCGGAAUUUUAAAUCAUAGAAAAUCCGUCAUUGUCUCAGAAUCCCUUCAAACAUCCACACCUCCACAUUCACAUUCGAAUACAAUGCAACUCUCACAACAAAAUCUGCAAGAAAACUUGACGAAUUAUGGUAGUAAUGCCAACAACACACCACAUAUUCCUUCCAGUUUAUCACAACAAGUGAAAACUCCAAUAUAUUAUGAACAAGAUCAGCAACUACUUCCAGUUAGAACCUUGCUCCAAGACAUGAUCGAAUCUCACUCAUCAACAAACUCUUCUAGGAGAGGAUCUGCCACAGCACUUACGGAAGCCAAAAUGGUUGAAACUAAAAGAAAUGUAGGAGGGGAUUUAUACUUAAAAAAUCAAUCAGCUUUAGAUGCAAUCAAGGGAAUUCAACAAAAAGAUGAGAAAAGGCGAAAGUCUAGUGCAUUUACAUCUCCUGCCUCCUCACAACCCAAUACAGCUAAGAAUUCAGUUUCUUUUGACCCAGUAAUACUUCCGAAAGCAAAUACAGGAAAGUAUCCUAAAGUAGGACCAAUUCAUAUAGAUAAACGGCCAUCCUCCAUAAUUUCACUUCCCUUAAACGAGAGUUUUGCAUCCUUGGAUAGUUUCAGUGACGACUAUUUCACUCAGAACUAUUACCCUGAAACCAAAGGUGGCCAUUAUCCAAGAGUUAGAAGAAGAUCCAGCUCAACAUCACAAUUGCUGGAUCACUUUUACAGCGAAAAUGAGCAUAACAAUAAUGGUCCAAAUAUUUCCUUAAUCAAUGAAAGUUUCAAGAAAUUUGAUUUAGGAUCGCUGAUGAAGCCAAAGAUUCAAUUUAAUCUUGGUAAAAAUAUCAAUGAAGAUUCCGGUGAAGGAAUUGAACCUACCACCCCUGCAAUCGGUAGAAGAAACCUAGGGAUGACAAACACAAGCUCGUCAUCAUGUUCUUCUGCGUCUUCUUCCUCAUCUGAAGAAGAAGACGAUUCAGAAGAAGAGGGAAACUUAACUCUUGCAUUCUCUUCCAAAGUGGGACCAUCAUCUCGUCCUCAUUUCCUUUCACACAGCAAUAGAGCCAAGUCGCAUGAUUCGCACUUGCCUCGCUUGGCACAACAUUCAGCUAAUAUUUACGAAAAUGUUCCAAUUAUUUUCAAUGAGCAAGGUGCAGAGUUUGAAGAUGUCCCUGCUGGUCUUAUGGCCGGUGUACCAAGACCUAGCAUAUCGCUAGCAACCGGUAUGAAGCCUUCAGUUUCAAUAUUAUCCAGUACUACAUCUUCGUCAACCAUAGUGCCUGGAAAUGGCGGUGCUAAACAUUCUGGAACUAGUAAUUCCCCCCAACAACCUGUUACUCCAUUGCAAGGACUCCACAAAAUGAGAACGUCUGAUUCAACUGGGGGCCCAUUGACUCCUGAUUCCAAGUUCAACCAAAUGCAAAGAGAUUUCUACGCAAGAGGGGAAAGAGCUGCAUCUCCAUUGGUAAAUAAUGCCCCCUCGGCCGAUAAUGCUACGAUCAACUCACAUUUAGUUGCUUCGUACGUAAAUGGAGAUAACAAAAAUCCAAGCUUCCUCAACAGCCAGUUCAACAAUCAUUAUAAAAAAGACCCCAUUGCAUUCCCUUUUCCUAAUGCCAUACAUUACGAUAAUGAUAAAGAAAGUACAUCUAAGGCGACUUCAAAGGGUGAACCUAGACCACAGCACUAUAGAUCAAGUUCUAUUACUGUAGGGUUCCUUCAAUUACAUAAGGCGAAAGAAUCCGAACUGCCUUGA